AUGAUGGUUAAAAAAUAGAAUGAAAAACUUCAGUCAUUUAGUUAAAUAUUUUUAGAUUUCUAAAGAGUAAGCGAUCAAUAACACUAUCGCAAUCAGAGUUCACUGAAUAAUGUAACAAUGGCAAUGCUAAAAGUAAAUCAAAACAAAAAAGACUAAAUUGUAAAGUUGAAGAAUCAAUUGUUAUCUUCACAUCUAAGCCCAGACAUUUAGAAACUAUAUUUAUAAUCCUAGAAAAUAGAAAUACAAUAAUAAACGACAAGAAAAAGAUUAUAAUUGAGGAAAAGAAACCGAUAACAUUACUAUCUCUUUAAAAGAAGGAGUAAGUAGCAAAAGAACAAUCAUCUUAAAGCACAUUUAGGUGAUUUUAUUACCAGUUUCUAAGUGAUCUUCUCUCUAGAUCAUUAACUUGGAGAGAUCUUUAAGUUGGGGAUUAAAGUAUCGAAGAUUUGUUUGCAUAUAAUCAGGAUUAAGAUUAUGAAAAUGAUUUAAUAAGCACUUUAUUUGAAGGAGAUGGAGAUUAAGUUCUUAAAGAACAAGAACUUGUAUGUAAAGGUAAAUACAGUACAUAAUACACUGAUGACUACAAUGAUAAAUUUAUGA